GACGUGAGUGGGAAUACUUUUAGUUUCAACUUAUAUCCCCACCGCAAUUACUAUAACGCUACCUCUACCAAUGAGUUUAGGAGAAUACACGCGAUGCAGGACCGUAAUGAAGCGGAUGACACUCUGUACGAAGUUCCAGUGCGAAUGCCUGAAGUCGACUUCACAACCCAAAGUACUACCGUCCCUUGAUGAACUCAAUGUAUUGUUUUAUUCAAUUGUUCUUGUCAUGAUAAAGACGAUUUUAUAG